UAACCCUGGUGCUUGGGACCCGCGGGCCGCACUUUGAAUCCGACCCCAGCUGGAAAGUCACUAACGGGGCGCCGAACGAAGGAGGCGUCCCGUGUCCCCGCUGCUGUGGCCCCGAGGAUGGAGGGGGAAGAGCCUUGGGCUCCUGCGUCCCUCGCUCAACGGCACCUCUUACGCCCGCUCCUUUGUCUUUCUUCGAAAUAGUUUGUCCUAAAUCGUUUCCGGUUUUGCUCCCUCAGGAAUAAGCGUCCCAAGUCCCCUCCGGGCAAAGUGACGGAGGCUGUGAAGGUAGCGAUUGACCUUGGGUACCGUCACAUUGACUGUGCCCACGUGUACCAGAACGAGAAUGAGGUGGGGUUGGCCAUCCAGGAGAAGCUCCAGGAGCAGGUGGUGAAGCGUGAGGACCUCUUCAUCGUCAGCAAGCUGUGGUGCACGUUCCAUGAGAAGGACCUGGUGAAAGGCGCCUGCCAGAAGACACUCAGCGACCUGAAGCUGGACUACCUGGACCUCUACCUUAUUCACUGGCCCACUGGCUUCAAGCCUGGGAAGGACUUUUUCCCAUUGGAUGGGGAUGGCAACGUGGUUCCCAGUGACAACGAUUUUGUGGACACCUGGACGGCCAUGGAAGAGCUGGUGGACGAAGGGCUGGUGAAAGCUAUUGGAGUCUCCAACUUCAACCAUCUCCAGGUGGAGAAGAUCUUAAACAAACCUGGCUUAAAAUAUAAGCCGGCGGUUAACCAGAUCGAGUGCCACCCGUACCUCACUCAGGAGAAGUUAAUCCAGUUCUGCCAGUCCAAAGGCAUUGUAGUGACGGCCUACAGUCCCCUUGGCUCUCCCGACAGGCCCUGGGCCAAGCCCGAGGACCCUUCCCUACUGGAGGAUCCCAGGAUCAAAGCGAUUGCAGAUAAACACAAUAAAACCACAGCCCAGGUUCUGAUCCGGUUCCCCAUGCAGAGGAACUUGAUCGUGAUCCCCAAGUCUGUGACGCCUGAACGCAUUGCUGAGAACUUCCAGGUCUUUGACUUUGAACUGAGCAGUGCGGAUAUGACCACCUUACUCAGCUACAACAGGAACUGGAGGGUCUGUGCCUUGGUGAGCUGUGCCGCCCACAAGGAUUAUCCCUUUCACGAGGAGUUUUGAAGCUGUGGGCGCCUGCCCUUCCCCAGGUGACCGGCUUUUCCCCGCCUCACUUUUAUUGUGUGUAGUAUAGUUGGGCCUGUGUCCCUCAGCGGUGGGUCAGCGACUUACAGACGAACCAACGAGGGCUCAGCCAGCUUGGUGUUGGGUCCGAAGAGCAGAAUCAGUAGAUUAGAAGUCUCUUCAGUUUUCUUUGCCCUUCUUCUUGUCCAUCUGGGGAAAGCACAACCCGAAUACCCUUUUCUAAAUUGAAUUUACAAAAUCAAAAUAGUGCCUCUAACAAUUGCAUUUUGAUUGCUUGGAACUGUAAUCCUUUCAGCUAGACUUUUCUUUGCCUCAAAUAAAAUGUGCUCUUAUGA